CCAAAUUAAUCCUUGUCUGAAAACUUUUACAAAAGCUAAUACAGAACAAAUACAAAAAAACGUGUAAUCAUAUCAUAUAAACACCAGUCGCAGCGUUUCGUAGAAAAAUUCGAUUUCUCUAAAGCCCUAAAACUAAAACGACUAUCCCCAAUUCCAAGUUCUAGGGUUUCCAUCUUCCCCAAUCUAGUAUAAAUGGCGGAUACGCCUUCGAGCCCAGCUGGAGAUGGCGGAGAAAGCGGCGGUUCCGUUAGGGAGCAGGAUCGAUACCUUCCUAUAGCUAAUAUCAGCAGGAUCAUGAAGAAAGCGUUGCCUCCUAAUGGUAAGAUUGGAAAAGAUGCUAAGGAUACAGUUCAGGAAUGCGUCUCUGAGUUCAUCAGCUUCAUCACUAGCGAGGCCAGUGAUAAGUGUCAAAAAGAGAAAAGGAAAACUGUGAAUGGUGAUGAUUUGUUGUGGGCAAUGGCAACAUUAGGAUUUGAGGAUUACCUGGAACCUCUAAAGAUAUACCUAGCGAGGUACAGGGAGGUAUGUUGCUUUGACUCCCUAAUCAUGUGUUCUGAAAUCCUUAAUAUCCUAGUCAAGAGAUUAGUAGCUGUGAGUAACAUCGAAGCUUGCCAUGAUAGCAGUUUUACAAUCCCUUCAAUACGUCUUGUGUAGAAUUUUUGAAGCAAGAAAGAUAAAUCUAGACCAACAGUCAGGAUGCAUAUUAGUAAAUUUUGAAAGACAUUUAUUACUCUCUCUUUUGUGCUUUUGUUGUUAACAUACAUAAUAAAAUCAAAAUGUUUCUUAUUAAGUUGAGACUAAUUCGGUUCUUUUCAUUCCCUGGGAUUGGUUGCUGACACACCACCUGCUGAUGCAGUUGGAGGGUGAUAAUAAGGGAUCAGGAAAGAGUGGAGAUGGAUCAAAUAGAGAUGCUGGUGGCGGUGUUUCUGGUGAAGAAAUGCCGGUAUGAUUUUGACAAGUAUAGAUGAUACCAAUGCUAUACAGCCUAUAUUGUACUUAGCUCUGACUUCAUCAUUUUGAUUCAAUCACAGAGCUGGUAAAAGAAGUUGCAAGUAGUGAUUAAGAACAAUCGCCAAAUGAUCAAGUAAUUCUUCUCUCUAUCACACGGCCUCAUGUACACAAAUGAAGAGCAUAGUCUAUAUGCAUGUAGGUUCAUAUCCAAUCUUCACUUCGUUACAACUGAUGAUAGUAGGACAUGCCUUGUAAACUUGCUGAUCAUGUUAUAUUUUGCUGUGUGAAUGAACUAUGGCUAGUUUCAAAAUUGUUUGUCUAACGUGAAAUUCUCUAAAACGGUGCAGGGGAAAUUAGAGAUCAGUGAGUUGUUUAUAGUUGAGCUGAUCGACAACUAUUUCGGGUUUACUCUCAAUUUCGGUUAUGUUAGUUUGAACGUUUGGUUUAUUGUUUCCGGUUUAGUUGGUUGUAUUUAAAGAUUUCUCUGUUAGAUGUUGAGAACACUUGAAUGAAGGAAAAAUUUGUCCACAUCCUGUUGUUAUUUUCGAUUCACUUUCGGAAUUUCAUAGCUAAUUUAUUCUCAUUUAA